CGUCCAGGACACGCCUGCUGCUGCUGUCCCUUUAAGAUGAGGCAGUGAGAGGAGCUGGAGCAGCAGAGCUCAGUGCCUGAGAGGAUCUCACAGAGAGGCUCCCAGAAAGUAUCUGCUCGUCCCUCUGACUGCCCCUUGGUCGACUUCACAUCCGCCGACCAGAUCGCACCAACUUUCCUCGCUGAGAUCUGAUCGCAGACGGUCUCGGCUCCUGACUUCCUCUCUGUAGUCGGCGCGAGACGAUUCGACAAUACAAACCAAGCAGCCCAGCCUGUGGUGCGGCGCGGCGGCGGCAGGCAUGAUCCUCCUGCUGACUGGGAUUAUUUGUUUACUGGUUUUUGCUACUAGUAAUACUAUAAAGAGCCAGGAGAAGACUGGGGAGCGCUUUGUGUGCACUGCCCUCCCCCCUGAUGCCACCCCAGGGUGCCCCAUGCCAGGCUUCACCGGCUCCCCAGAAGAGGAGCUGAGAACUACGGUUAUUCAGCUCCGGGAAACCGUCCUGCAACAAAAGGAGACCAUAGGCAACCAGAAGGAAACCAUCAGGGAGCUGACUGCCAAGUUAACCCGCUGCGAGAGCCUGGCAGAGGAUGGCAAGCAUGGCUCCUGGAAAAAACUGUCCGGCAAACCGGGAGGAAAAGACACCAUGGGGGAUCUGCCCCGGGACCCCGGUCAGGUCAUCGACCAGCUGAGCCGCACCAUGCAGACGCUGAAGGACAGGCUGGAGAACCUGGAGUAUCAGCUGCGAUCCAAUGUGUCGUAUUCGGCGCUGCCUAGUGACCUCCGAGAGAUGCUCCAGAGGAGGCUGGGGGACCUAGAGCAUCAGCUUUUAAACAAAGUGGCAGAACUUGAAGAUGAAAAGUCGUUGCUUCAUAAUGAGAGCGCGGCGCACAGGCACCGGACCGAGUCCGCGCUCUCUGCGCUCCUGGAAAGAGUCAGCGAGCUGGAGAAAGGGAGCAGCGCAUUCAAAUCACCAGAUGACUUCAAGGUUUCCCUCCCGCUUCGUACUAAUUAUCUGUACGGGAAGAUAAAAAAGACUUUGCCUGAGCUAUUUGCUUUCACGAUCUGCAUGUGGCUGAAGUCCAGUGCAUCACCGGGCAUCGGGACCCCAUUCUCCUAUGCUGUACAAGGCCAAGCCAAUGAGAUAGUCCUGAUUGAGUGGGGGAAUCAUCCUAUUGAACUACUGAUUAAUGACAAGGUGGCCCAGCUCCCCUUUUCCAUUGGUGAUGGAAAAUGGCACCAUGUUUGCAUCACAUGGACGACCAGGGAUGGAAUGUGGGAAGCGUAUCUGGAUGGCAUCAAACUGGGCUCAGGGGAAAACCUGGCCCCCUGGCACCCAAUUAAACCAAAUGGAAUUCUUAUUCUGGGCCAGGAGCAGGACACUGUUGGAGGAAGAUUUGAUGCCACUCAAGCUUUUGUCGGAGAACUGAGCCAGUUCAAUAUCUGGGACCGUGUCCUAAAAUCAGAAGACAUCGUCAAUAUAGCCAACUGUUCCACCAACAUGCCAGGAAACAUUAUACCGUGGGCCGAUAACAAUGUUGAUGUAUUUGGGGGUGCGACAAAAUUACCCCUGGAGCCAUGCGAAGAACGUCUGAUGGAUUUAUAGCCAAGACACAAUUCCCUUAAGUGCUCUACUCUACGGAGACAAUCUCGAAUGAGGUUACUUGUCCUACAAUGCACUUAUUUGCUCAGAUGAUUUUUUUAAUCCCUUGACCAAACUGUUGUAUCUGAUGUGAAAUUUAGCUCACAGGUGCCACCAUGGUGUCAGCUUUCCGUGCAUAAAUCCAGAGUAUCACGUCGGCAGCACUUCUGUGGGGAAGUCACAUUUUACUGCUUCCUUAUCGUAGCCAUAAAUCUUCUCAGAUGUAGCUUCCUCUCACUUCAAAUACCUUAACUAUAGACAUAUUUUCAAUAGGGGUGCACCGAAAACAGAUCUCUGGUUGAAGUGGUUUAACACUGAUGACCAACGCUUAGGAUGAGUCUGAUGGGGGUCUGACUCCUGGUAUUCUUGCUUAUCAGAUGCUUGAUGGGGCUGCGGUGCCCGAGUGAGGGCUGUGGCCUCUUCAUUGUUAACCAGCACAGUGCCACACAUUAUGUAGUGGCUUGUGUGUGGUACUGCAACGCCUUCCCAUUUUAGGACACAAGCCACUACAUAAUAUACGACACAACGGCAAUCGGUCGUCAGACCCCCACCAUUGAGAUAUUGAUGGUCUAUCCUAAGAGUAGGCCAUCAAAAUAUAGUCCCAGAAGGGGGUUUUGUUAUUACACCUUAUGACUGAGACUAUGAACAGUUGUAAGUGGAGGGAUCACACAUGGAUGAAUCUAGGCCAUCUUUAAUUUUUCUACGGGGAACCCUCCAUAGUAUAUACCCCUCUUUGGAUGGGGACCUUUGGCCAAGGUGUAGUUUGCAAAUUGUCCAAAUAUUUGCAGAGAUCAAUCUUACUAGUGAUGUGGACAUAACUAGUUCUAAAAGGAUAGAUCUAUGAAAUGACAAUAGCGUUAAAGAGGAGCUGUCCCCUCCCCUGACUUGUCUGUUUUAGUAACUUUUUGCUUCCCUCAUGUAUUCUUGGACUCUAUGUUGUGCCAUUCUUUUAUUAUUCCUGCUAGAAGUUAUGAAUGAAUUAGCAGUUUGCUACGAAGGUCCGGAUGGGUGUUAUCAGUUGGGAGUGUGUCCCAGCGCAGUCUGAUACUGUCCAAUCAGUAUUGCCAGUUUUCAGACUGUACACGGACACCCCCCAACUGGUAACAGCCAUCUGGACCUCCAUUGUAAAUUGCUAGUAAUUUGGCAGAAAUAAUAAAGGAAUGGUACAACAUAGAGUCAUAAGAAUAGAUGCUCCAGAAUUAUUACAUGGGGAAUGCAAGUAGUUGAUAAAACAGGCGAGACAGGAGAGCUGACGGGUCCUAUUUAGCAGAUAUUUUAUGCAAACUAGUUAUGUCUCGAGCUUCAGUAAAAUUGCAAAAUGUAGCACUUGCAAAAUGCAGUUGCUAUACAGUUAUUAUAAGAAAUAAAUAUUAUAAUAAUGUGCAACAGUUUCAAUACUGUAGAAUGCCCAGUAUAUUGCGGCAUCAUAUUUCUCUAUUCUGCACAGUCUGCCUCUGGAUAUAUUCACGAUAGCGCUGUUUUAACCCCUGUAUAAAUCACCUUUAUUGAUCCUAGAAUCAACCAGAACAAGACAUUUUGAUAACAUAUAUAUUACAUAUACAUAUAUAUUUAUUCAACUUUAAUUUUCUCCAAAUGAUGUAAAUAAACUAUUUGGAGAUGGACGAAAGACAAAUUUAUACUAAUUUAUACUGACUAUUUUUUUGCCAGAGCUGCUAUGGAAAUAAUAUGUAUAAAAUAUUAUUAAUGCACAAAUGUAAUAAAUUUUUAUGUUAUUAUAAUACAAUAUAUAUAUAAAAUCUAAAUAUAAUUAAAUAACAUAAAGGUGAACGUAAAAGAAACCAAUCAAAUAUUGGCUCACAUUAGUCCAAGGCUGAUCAGAGCCAAUAAGCCAGUAUCUGAUUGGCUGCUCGUUAAUAACAUUACAGGCGUUGUCUGAGAUUAGAAAAAUGAGUUUCCCUUUGUCCCUCUGAAACAGCAUCACUCUAUAAUUUAAUUAAUAGCCGUUAGCUUUGAAGGUCCAGAUGGGUGUCACCAGUUGGGGUUGUGUCCCUGCACAGUCUAACAUUAUCCAAUCAGGGCUCCAGUCUCAGAUUGUGCAGGGACACUCGUAACACCCAUUUGGACCUUCAUUGUAAACUGCUAGUAAUUCAGCAGGCGUGGAUCCUAUAUUCUGAUCUCAUGCACGUCCUGUAAUUGCUGCUUGUUUUUGCUAACGAGCAAUAAAUUGCAUUAUUUUAAUUUGUAAUGUUUUCCUAUGACCAACUGUAAUGUCACAUCAAUCAGACAUGCCGUAAAACUAAUGAUGGGGUCAAACAGAAGGGUUUGAUAAUAAUGGCGGUGCACCCAGCAGUAAGAAGGAUGGAACCAACCAUCCCUGGUUCACUCUCCAAGGGCUCCAUAGCAGUUGUAUGGUGCGUCAGUAGGGUAUGUUUGCCCUUGACUUACACCAGGAUGGAGAAGGAGGCACUUAUGGAUAGGAUUAUAAUGGGCAGAGAGUGAGACCUUUAUGGACACCUCUCCAUUGAAUUCAAUGGGAGUCACAUCAAUCAACCAAGUUCACCCUCUCAUAUGUUUAUGAGUUCACUGGAGACGUGUCCAUCUAUGGAUUUCUCUAUUAAAUUGGUAUCUCGAAACUGGUACUUUUUUGACAGUUUGGGGUUCCAUCACUGUGACCCAUAUAACGUGUCUGAAAACAUUAACGUCUCCUAUAGGAAAAAACCCUUUAAGCCAUUUAAGCCCAUGUUGACUCUUUUUUAAACCUGGACUCUACCAAUAGAAGUUCAUUACCGUUUGGUGGCUAUGGUUUAUCACAAAUGUUUGCACUAUGUUAAUUAGUCUGUUUUAAAGAUACAGCCAUAUAUCAAGCGCUACAGUCAUUCGUAGUAUUAGAUUUGCAGUUGGCGGUCUACCGGCUCCUCUGUACUUGUAGCAAUAGCUUUUGAAUAGUUUCUAUUAAAUUUAAAAAAAGCAGAAAUAACUUCAGCCAAAAGAACUUUAUUCCAAGAAGUCUAAAUCAAAUUAAAAAGUAAUACAGCUACAAUAAUAUAUCGUAGAAGACUUUUAUCACAUUUAUUGCUCGCAGUAUUCUGUCGGGGGAUUCGUCACACUGACAGUUGUAUUAAGCUGCGAAUGGGCAAUAGAAUUACAAUUAGCAUUUGUGAUGUUUCCAGUUUGAUUUAAGGAUCUGUUAAUACAUUACUCAAGUAGCAAAAAAAAUAUUCCUUGAAUUCCACACGAAGUGACGUAGUGGUAAAUGAUCGUUCCAUCUCAUUAUUCAACAUAGUGUUUGUGUAACCGUCUAUAGCUGGAAGGAAGGAGAAGUCUUGUCUCCAUUAAUCUGGUACUAUAAUGGUGUUGAAUCAGUCAAAGACCAGACAUGACUGGUGCACCUAACCUCAAGUCAUGUAGUCAUUCAUUUGAAGACCCCAACCUGUAUGUAACUCCGAGAAGUUUCAAUCCCCCCUUAAAAUCAUUUGAGGCUCACCCUUCAUAAGCACUCAGCAUCAUCCAUUCACAUUCUUUCAACCCUUGGAGGUGACCAUGCUAGAAGUCGACUAUCCUAGGGUGGGACCAUCAAUCCAUAUGAGAUAGAAGUAGUUCUUUCCAUAGUGAUCUAAUUUGCUCUACCUAUUAAGGUGCAAUUUAUAUGUUUGUGUGAUUAUAGGCUAUGGUGAUCAUUGGUGAAGAUGUUUUCUUUAAAGGGGUUGUCCACUAGUAAGCAUAACUUUCUUACACUAGAUCUAUGACUUUGAAUAUUGACCUAGUUUAUCAAACUUAUUUUCACACAUCCAAUAAAUAGGCCAUUUAUUUGAGUGAUUCAGUGAAAUCCCUCUCCCCUACCUACAGGGUAUAGCGGAUCACUGGGGAAGGGGGGUUCUAAUGGGACAACCCGAGAACAGCUUAUUUUUGGGGGGACUAUUUUAGCAAAAAGAUUUUGUAAAAAGAAGACAAGCCCUUUAAGUAUAUUUCUUAGGAAACAUAUUGAUGGCGUUUCAAUGACUAGCAGUGCUCACACAAGGUCAGUAUUUAGCCCCCUUCUUCUAGGACCAGCAAAGAGCAAGGUUUUUGUGAUUAUUGGUUGUACAUAAGGAAAUGUAACUCUCAUUAAUAUACAUGGCAUGCUUACACUUCCAUAAAAGUAAAUAGAGAGCCAUGCAUGCACAGCCACCUUUGCAUUCAAAGCAGCCACGAGAAAGGGUCGGAUUGGAUCCAUGUUCUAGAGAUAGGUGCAGGUUCCAGAGGUGGGACCUGCAUCUAUCAGAUAUUUAUAGCACAUUCUGUGGAUAUGCCGUAAAUGUCCAAAAUAAGAAAUACUCCCUUUAAAUUCAAAAUGGCAGCAAUCAGACAUGUAUGCAAAUGAGCAGGGAGUUAAAGGGGUUGUCUGCUUUAGAAAACCCCAGAACAAGAGAUUAGCUCUUUGUAGUCA